UCUCUCUCUCUCUCUCUCUCUCUCUCUCUCUCUCUCUCUCUCUCGUGUAGACAAGUAAGAGACAGAAAUCAUUGAGAGGGAAGAUAUGAAUUGGUCAGAUGGUUCAGAAGAUAACUACGAUCUUGAUCUCGAAAGAGCUAUAUCGAUCGAUCAUCCAUUGAUGGUUGCAUCAAAAUUCCGAUCUCAAUCACGUAUAACCGUCGGUCCAAACACCGGCAAAUCUCAUAAUACCAUAACAUGCCCUUCAUGUGGGCAUAAGAUCCAUCGACAACAAGACCAGGUUGGAAUCAUCAAAGAUCUACCGAGUUUACCCGCGGGAGUGAGGUUCGACCCGUCGGAUAGAGAGAUUCUGAUGCAUUUGGAGGCGAAGGUGUCAUCGGAUAAACGAAAACUUCACCCGUUGAUCGACGAGUUCAUCCCGACGCUCGAAGGAGAGAACGGGAUUUGCUACACACACCCUGAGAAACUACCUGGAGUAAGGAAAGAUGGGCAAGUCAGGCACUUUUUCCACAGGCCAUCAAAGGCAUACACGACGGGGACGAGAAAGCGUAGGAAAGUGAGUACGGACGAGCGAGGGCACGAGACGAGGUGGCACAAAACGGGCAAGACCAGGCCGGUCUCGUCGGGACAAGGAUCGUUGAAAGGCUUCAAGAAGAUUCUAGUGCUCUACACAAACUACGGCAGGCAGAGAAAACCCGAGAAAACCAGCUGGGUGAUGCAUCAGUACCAUUUAGGACACAGCGAAGACGAGAAAGACGGCGAGCUCGUUCUAUCGAAAGUGUUCUACCAGACGCAGCCGAGGCAAUGCGGCUCGUCGAUGGAGGCGAAAACGAAGGGUUUCGCCCCGGUAGAUCCGCGCAAUUACUCUGAAAUCGACGGUUUAGGGUUUGAGGAUGGAGGGCAAGAGGGGAAUAACAGGGAGAUUGAUCAGAGGCAAGUGAUUCAUGAGUUGGUGGUGCGUGAAGGUGAUGGGUCAUGUUCACUGCUUAGGUUUACUUCUGAUGCAAGCAAGGGCAAAUAAAUAGAUGAAGAAUUUAAUAACAUAUAUACAUAUGUAUGUAUGUAUGUAUGUAUGUAUGUAUGUAUGAAGUGGAGUGAAGGAGAGGCAAAGAAUUACGUGAGAGAAAAACAUAGGAAAAGAUCCAUCAGAGUAAAUUAUCGCAGAGCGGUUAGGGUUUUGGUGAAUGUAAAAAUAAGGCUCUAACAUAACUUAUUAUCAAGCCAAUACUGAAUUUUAAAAA